GCUAGCGGCAGCUUCCGUCUUGUGCACUGUAGAGGUUGCGGCACGUGUGUUGCCCCCUCGGGAUUCCUGGAUUAUUUGUGCACCCUGGUGAACUUGUAGCGCCGCAACGCCUUUCAGAUUUAAGGAUGAAGGCGAGAAGAAAUAAAAAACAGGUCCCAAGCUUUCGGAAGUUGCUAAAAACUAGUAAGGUCAAACUUGAAAACAAGCUAAAAAAUAAGCAAUUUAAACAACAAAGCACUCUCAAGAAGUACCGAAAAGAACAGAGGAAACUAAGGCAAGCUGUAAAAGAUGCUGUGUCUAAGAGACCCGUUCCAUUGGAGGACCCAAAGAAAAAACGACCAGGUAAAAGGAUUGAGAGGGAAGAGGAGGAAGAAGAGGAAGCCCUUCCUUUAGAUAUGAUGGAUGAAGAUGACUUACAGUUAAUGGAGGAUUUAGGACAAAGAGCAUCUUUUCUAACGAGAGAUCUUUCAUCUAGUGAGCCUGUUCACGCCAGGAAACGAAAGCAUGAGCAUGUCAUGGAUAAGUAUGAAAAAAUACCAAGAACUCUGCAAACUGUGCCAGAGAAGGAACUGAUUCACUUGCUUCCUAUCAAAGAUAAAAGUGGUAUAAUCCCACAGACCAGGGAGAAGCCAGUUAUUGACAGUAAUCAAGAUGAAGAAAAUCAAGAAGAGAUGGAACUUGAGGAAGAGAUCAUUGAAGAUCCUAUUCGAGAGCUCACCAUAGAAGAACAUUUAUUUGAGAGAAAAAAGAAAUUACAGGAGAAGAAAAUGCAUAUUGCAACCUUGGCGUCUGCCGUAUUAUCAGAUCCAGAAAGUAAUGUUAAAAAAUUGAAAGAAUUACGUUCCAUGCUGAUGGAACAAGAUCCUGAUGUGGCUGUUACUGUUCGGAAGCUGGUGAUAAUUUCUCUGAUGGAGUUAUUUAAAGACAUUACUCCUUCAUAUAAAAUCCGGCCCCUAACAGAAGCAGAAAAAUCUACCAAGAUCCGCAAAGAAACCCAGAAGUUAAGAGAAUUUGAAGAAGGUCUGGUUAGUCAAUAUAAAUUUUAUUUGGAAAAUCUGGAGCAAAUAGUUAAAGACUGGAAGCAAAGGAAGCUGAAGAAAAGUAAUGUAGUUUCCUUAAAGGCAUACAAAGGACUGGCGGAAGUGGCUGUGAAGAGCCUGUGUGAGCUGUUGGUGGCACUGCCUCAUUUCAACUUCCACAACAACAUCAUUGUAUUGAUUGUCCCGCUCAUGAAUGACAUGUCAAAAUCGAUAUCUGAAAUGUGUUGUGAGGCAGUAAAGAAGCUCUUUAAACAAGAUAAAUUAGGCCAAGCUUCCCUCGGUGUAAUUAAAGUGAUUUCUGGUUUUGUGAAGGGCAGAAAUUAUGACGUUAGGCCAGAGAUGUUAAAAACAUUCUUGUGCCUAAGAAUCAAGGAAGUAGAAGUGAAAAAAGAUACAGAAGUCAUUAAUAAACCAAAAAAGUUCAUGACUUUCAAGGAAAAGAGAAAAAGUCUAUCAAGAAUGCAGAGAAAGUGGAAGAAAGCAGAAGAGAAACUAGAACGAGAGCUUCGGGAGGCAGAAGCUUCAGAGAGUACUGAGAAAAAACUUAAACUGCACACGGAGACUUUGAAUAUUGUGUUUGUAACCUACUUCAGAAUAUUGAAGAAGGCCCAGAGGUCACCUCUCCUGCCAGCAGUUCUAGAAGGUCUUGCCAAGUUUGCUCAUCUUAUAAAUGUGGAGUUUUUUGAUGAUUUAUUAGUGGUUCUACAUAGUCUCAUUGAGUCUGGUGACCUAAGCUAUCAAGAAAGUCUUCACUGUGUCCAGACUGCUUUUCAUAUUCUUUCUGGGCAAGGUGAUGUUCUGAAUAUUGAUCCGAUGAAAUUCUAUACACAUCUUUACAAAACAUUGUUCAAAUUACAUGCAGGUGCUACCAAUGAAGGCGUUGAGAUUGUACUCCAGUGCCUCGAUGUCAUGCUCACGAAGCGCAGAAAGCAAGUUUCUCAGCAGCGAGCCCUUGCCUUCAUCAAGCGCCUGUGUACCCUGGCUCUUCACGUUCUUCCAAAUUCAAGCAUUGGCAUUUUAGCAACUAACAGAAUAUUAAUGCAUACUUUCCCCAAAACAGAUCUGUUGCUUGACAAUGAGUCUCAGGGAAGCGGAGUAUUUCUCCCUGAGCUGGACGAACCCGAGUACUGUAAUGCUCAGAACACUGCUCUUUGGGAGCUGCAUGCACUACGGCGACAUUUCCAUCCCGUAGUGCAGAGAUUUGCAGCUCACCUCAUUGCCGGAGCCCCUUUGGAAGGCUCUGAAGCACUCAAACCGGAGCUGAGCCGAAGAUCUGCUGCAGAACUUUUUGAGGCUUACAGCAUGGCAGCAAUGACGUUCAAUCCUCCUGUUGAAACUUCAUGCCCCAAAAGGAAGGAUAAAGUUAUACAAGGGGAUUCAUUUUUUAAUGAAGAUUUAAAUCAACUAAUCAAAAGGCAUUGCAAUGAAGUUGCUACUCACUUGCCUCUGGAUUUCACCAAAUGUUUAAAAACAUCCCUAAGGUAGUAGAAGAAUGAAGAGUCCGGACUUUCUUGUAUAUUUGUAGAGUUACACAUAAAGAUACAUUGUUUAUUUAGGAGCUUCUCUUUUUAUACAACGGAAACUUCCUAAGAAAAUUAACAGAGGAGGAAGAGUUACCCUUUGGUGGCACAGGAUUCUACCCCAAUUCUGAAAAUGUCCUUUCAUUAAGAAAGGAGACUCAAAAGCCUUUUCUUCCCCUAAUAUUUGGAAAUGUUUUUCUUAAUGAUGUUUCCUUUUUAAAAUUUAAUAUACAUAUUAAGUUACAAUUUUAAAAAAAUGGAAAUGCAGCUGCUAGAUUAAAAUGAGGGCAUAGAGCAUAGAAAAAUCAAGACCGUGAGAUUGCAUUUGAAAAGUUCAGCCACUCUUUGUAAACAAAUACUCUUUAUAACCAAAAAAAUCUAUCUUUAUUGCACCACCAUAGUUGGAAGUGAAAAAAAUUCUAAAUUUGAGUGAGUAUAUUUUUAUGAAGAUUUUUGAGAAAAUAAAAAGUAGCUUGAAAUUGAACACCAGGUUCAUUGGCUCUUGCUGGCUGGAAUACUUCAAGAAGUAACCUAAAUUGGCCUUAAAAAAAAAAAAAGUUCAUUAUGGCUACAUUUCAAGAAAGUAUGAAUGUGAUUCUAGUCUCUUUGAAGUUUUUUGCAUUUUCUGACAUUCUCUGGAGGGUGAUGGGGGAAGAACUGCGCCAGGGUAAAAAAGCCAAGCCCCAGAUUGCACCAUUCUGUUAUAAGGAUGAAAGGUACCCAAUGAAGGGCUUUUUUUCUUUUUUUGGACAGGUAAAAUACUUUAUUCUUAGCAAUAUAAUUACAAAGCAGUAUUUUAUGUAAUAGCUAUUGCAUUAUUCUAGGAGUAGCCUAUGAAAUAAGUGUUUAAAUGACCAGGUUAAAAAAAUUCUUUCUUGUGAAUAGCUGAAUAAAACAGCUGCUUUUUUUCUGCUUUCUA